AUGGAUAAGCCUGACAUAGAAUACUUAAACAUUCCUCAAAAAAUAAAAAAAAAACUAUAUAAAAAUAGUUUAAACACAGUUGAAAAAAUAAGCACAUAUUACUUAGAAGAUUUAGAGUUCGAGGAAAUAGAGCUUGUACAGGAUGAAAUAUUUAAGUACCACAUAAACGAUUUAGGUAUAAAUAAUAAAGAAGAAAAUGAAAAACCAAAGAAUUUAACAAAAGAUAAACUUAUUAUAAACGAUUUUUAUUCCUAUAGUGAUGUAGAAAAUUAUUGUAACAAUAAUGACAUUUUAGGUAGUUCGGAAAAUAAUUUUUCUGAUUCAUCUGAAAUGUCAAUUUCCUCAUAUUCUUCUUCAAAUAGUUGUCAUUACAAAAAUAGUAAAGACAAUUUAAAAAAAUUCAAUGAUACAAUUUUAAAAAGUUGCACACAAAAUUGGAUUAGUAAAAUAGAGGAUGUUGAAAAUGAAAAAAAAAAACAUUAUUCUGUACAAAAUAAAUUGGAGAGCCAAUUGGAAAAAGAUUUUUUAAUAUAUUCCAAUUUUAUGAAAAAGCAAUUAAAAAUAAGUAGAGCAAUAAAUACUAGUUCUAUUUCAUUGAAUAAGUUACUAAAUAGUGGUAUAGAAAAUUCUCAAAUAUAUUUUUUUUAUGGAAAUAAUGCUAAAAUAAAUAAAAUUAUUUUAAUAAAUUUAUUAUAUAAUUUUAUUUAUCCCCCUGGAAAUAAUAAUAAUAAUAUGUCUACACAUUCUGUUGUUUAUAUUUAUUUUAGUUACAUAUUUGAUAUAACUGUAAUUAAAAAUAUUUUAUCAGAAAAAUUAAAUCAUGAAAAUAAAACACAAGAACAAAAAUAUGAUUUUUUUAAUAAUUUUUAUAUAAUGAGAAUUCAAAAUUUUAAUGAAUUUAUUUCUUUUUUAUUACAAUUAAAAAAAAAUUAUUUUACAAAAAAUAAAUCGAAAAAUAAUAAUGGUCUAAAUAAUAUUAGUUGUAUAGGCAUAUAUAAUUUUAUAAAUAUAAUAAAAAAUUUUAAUACUUCAAAUCAAAAUUCUUAUUUUUAUUUAAUACAUGAAUUAAAGAUUAUUUCAAAAUUAUUGGGUAUAUCGAUACUUAUAUUUGAUUAUGCCCUCAAUGAAAUUUCUGACACAACAAGUGCUACUAACAUAGGUGAUACUAAUAAAGAUGAGACCCAUGAAAUGAAUAAUACCUCAACAUAUGAUGAAGACAAUGACUAUAAAAAUGUAAAUGCAGAUAGCGAUAUGUACAAUAAAAGUAAUAGUCAUAUGUCUGGAAAGGGUAAACAUUAUGGCAUAACACCACGUAAAUAUAUUAACAAUAAUCAGGAUUGUUAUAGUGAAAAAUCUAGUAGUUUUUUUAGUGAUAAUUAUUCUGACAAUGAUGAGUUAGGAUAUUCCGAAUAUGAGUCAGGAAAUAAUUUUAAUAUAGAUCCUAAAAUUAAAGAUAUCGAAAAAGGUAGCAUAAUUAAAAUUCCUUUUUCUUGUUCUAGACAUAAUAAAUUUGAUUUUAUCAUAGAAAUUAAAAUGGUUAAUAAAAUUAGAGAUAAAUAUAUUAUUCGAUUUACUUUGGUUAAAUCUCGAACUAAUAUAAAACAUUCCUAUUCCUAUUGUUCAAUUCAAAAGUGUGUACUAACUGACUUGGGAUAG